GCGGGGAGGCGGCUCGACUAUACAUGGGGAGCGCUGGAAACCCGCGCGUUUAGAGUGAAGGCAAGAAAGACACAAAGUGACGUGCUGUGUUCCUCCAUAGUAACGUUAUGGCAUCCAAGUGUCCCAAAUGUGACAAGACCGUCUACUUCGCUGAGAAGGUUACUUCUCUGGGGAAGGACUGGCACCGGUUCUGUCUGAAGUGCGAGCGCUGCAACAAGACUCUGACGUCGGGCGGCCAUGCUGAGCAUGAUGGAAAACCCUACUGCCACAAACCAUGUUAUGCAGCACUUUAUGGACCAAAGGGGGUUAACAUCGGAGGCGCAGGAUCGUAUGUCUAUGAAGCCCCUGCAGGGAAUUCGCAGCCUGCCUCUCUGUUUUCUGAUGAAGCCCCUAAACCCCAAGAAAGGAAGCCAUCAGGAGCACCACGAGGACCAGUGAAAGCUGCAAGUAUUACUACAUUCUCUGGAGAGCCAAGUACAUGCCCAAGGUGCCAGAAGAAGGUGUAUUUUGCUGAGAAGGUGACAUCACUGGGCCAGGACUGGCAUCGUCCCUGUCUGCGUUGUGAGCGUUGCAACAAGACAUUGGCUGCGGGAAGUCAUGCUGAGCAUGAUGGAAAGCCUUAUUGUCACAAGCCUUGCUACGCCGUCCUGUAUGGACCAAAAGGUGUGAACACUGGAGGUGUUGGGAGCUACAUCUAUGACAAAGAGCCCAGCAACGAGGCCCAGCUAUGAACGCUGCCAGUUCAUUUUAGGGGCCAGCUGAGACCCUACAGUCGACUGACUCGCUCUGCCGGCACCAUGACCACAAAACGUAUAUGAACAAAGGGGCUCCCCCUUUUAGCCUCAGCAGUGUAGUGUCUAUGUAUCCACACUUGGAAUUUCGAGUCUAGAUAGCUCCUUUCUGUUACUUUUUCUUCUGAUGUUCGUUUGCCAAAUGAACCACCUGCCAUGCACAUUUUUUGCCUUUUGUGGUUUAUCGUUCUCAUAUAUAUAUAUAUAUAUAUAUGAAAGUAUUCCUUUAGCAGUGAAAUUACUUAAUUUCUCCAGGUCACACAUGCGGCAAACCAGCUCAUCCUUUGCAUAAAAGUACCAAAAUGUCCGGUUUACUGCACUGCGUCACCACUAUAGAAAGAAGGGGCCUGCACCCUCCCUAUCAUGAGCUUCUGCUUAUGACUGCCGCCCAUUGCACCUCAAGACCCUUAGCACACAGAGGCAUGAACAUCAGCAUGUGAGACUUAGUCUAUUAAUUAUCCGAACACGGCCUGAAUGUAGAGAUGCACCACCGAGAUUUUAAAGUCGCCUUUUUUUAAGGAGUUCCUCAGGAUGCCAGCAAGGGGCUCGGUGAGGUUUCAUACACCCUUCAAGCGUUCUGCCAUUAGACCUGUAGGGUUAGGCUUUCUCAAACCGGUUAAUGCGGGUGGGCCCCCGAGGCGUCUAGUGUUCAUUCCCACGGACUUGUCAAACAGAGGGUCAUUUCAGCCUUUGUUAGAAGUCGUGUGUAUUAUUAACGACUGCUUUAUUAUUUGUACAUCUCUGCUGUCAGUUCAGGCCUACCCAAAAGUGGUGGGGUUUAGUAAUAACACACGAUAGCAAAGCAAAGUUACUCAAACAAACCUUCACUUGUAAAAAGAUUUUAAAGUAUUGAAUGGCUAUGUGGUGUUGCUUUGUUGAGAGCCCUGUGCGCUCCUUGAAUUAGCAAAUUCUUCUUUUGCUUUUCACGACAGGACACAAGUAAACAGCUGUCCUCCAUAUUAGUACCGCUACAAACUCCAGCGAGCUGACCCGAGGUAGAUCCGUGUUUAUUACGUUUUCUGCCCGCUUUGGGAGCCGUAAAGCCAAAGUUUGAGAUAUUACCAUUGCACCGAAUGCCCUGCUGCUUUCAGAUGUAACUAAGCCAUUCGCUUACAACGAGUUUUGUCAAAGCAGCUGCUUUAAAUGAAUGACCACCCAGCAAAACCAAGCAAGAGGACCCCCAAAUCGUGUCUUACCUGCUUCCUCCUCCGUGACAGUUCAAUCAGUGAGAAUUUUUUAUUUUUUUUUUUUUGGCUAAGCCCCCCCUACAGAACCAAAAGCCCGUCACAAUCAAGCAUCCUCCGGUCUUUACGUGGGCACGUUGCUUUCAAAGCUGGCUGACAUGGAAAUGGUUUGGUUUUGAUAUUUAUACAAUUGCAAAUGCAUUUGCUGAAAUUAUUGCUCCCCUAUAACUGUCCUCUUCCCGUACCAAGCCUGCCUUUUUUGGUUCUUUGUAGCAUUUCAGUAUUUAAAAAAAAAAGGAUACUACUGUCUGGCUUUUGGUUUUUAGUGACUGAUGGAUUUUUCCUGUUGUAACGUUUAAAAAGUGACAAAAAUCUGUUCUAGAUAUUAGCAGAUAUGCUUCAAACAGACUGGCUUCAGUUGUGUAUUAUUACAUUUCAGUGUUCUAUAAAGUAUUCCUGGGAAAUCAUGGCUGGUGAGCUUUUUUUGUAAAUGCUUGCUUUUUCUGGUUCUUUCCUUAAGCUUUAUUAAAAUACAAUGCUACCACA